GUCGGCUUGAUAGCGCACUGAGCGAACGCGAAUCGCGACCGCUAUUUUUGUUUGUUGGAACGUAAAUUUGAUGGCCGCAUGCGUGUAUCGGAACGCAACCCAAACAGCUGUCAAAAAAGUAUUUUGAGUUUGAGUUGAGUGAGUGUGGGCAAAUUCCUUUUGUUCGCCUUUCUUCCCUGAAACUCUAAUCAUGGUUGAUUGAAACAAUUUCUGAAGAAAGCAAUUACUUUGAAAAUUCUGUGAUUCGGUUAAUUUGCAAGAAAAAUAACCAUGGGGCUGUGCAAAAUCCAUUGGUGUUCAAAGUGAAGUCUUUGUUAUUGUUUGAACAAAUAUUUAACUCGGGGCAAAGUGUAGCUUUCAGUUGUUUCGUUGAGUAGUGAUUUCAGUUGUUUACAGUGAGGUAUAAUAAUCAAGAAUGUCUAAAGUUUCUUUAAACAAUGUGCCUUCGAAUCCACGCAUCAGUCGUCUACGUACUUAUUCCAGGACGGAGUCGGAGACAUCAUGCGAGGAAGCCGCCCGUCUCACUGUAGAACAGCAAGAAGAAGAAGAUGACGGCUACGACUACCACGAGAUCCCCCCUCCCCCGGACGGGGGGUACGGCUGGGUCGUCGUCUUCGCCUCCUUCAUGUGCAACCUGGUGGUGGACGGCAUCGCCUACACCUUCGGCAUCUUCCUGCCAGAACUGGUGGAGUACUUCGGGGAAGGGAAGGGCACGGUCGCAUGGGUCGGCAGUCUGCUGUCCGGAGUUUAUUUGGCUGCUGGUCCGGUGGUCUCAGCGCUAUGCAACAAGUACGGGUGCCGCGCGGUGUGCGUGGCCGGCUCGCUCGUGGCGUCGCUCGCUUUCGUGCUGUCCACCUUCAGCAACUCCGUCACCGUCAUGAUGCUGACUUACGGGCUGUUGGGAGGCAUAGGCUUCGGAAUGAUCUACCUUCCCUCCGUGGUAGCAGUGGGGUACUACUUCGAGACUCGCCGCUCGCUAGCAACAGGCAUAGCCGUCUGCGGGUCCGGAGUAGGCACCUUCAGCUUCGCGCCAUUGGCUGCCAUCCUGUUGGAGUACUUCGGCUCGUGGCAGAAUGCUAACCUCCUAUUGGCUGGUUUGAUUCUCAACUGUGCCGUGUUUGGUGCGCUGAUGCGGCCGCUUGUUUAUCCUAAGACAUCAGGUGACAAGCCGCUCCUACAGCGAAUGGCGGAAGAGAAGCGAAUGCAAAUGGAACGAGGGUCGAUAGGCGGCUCGUACUUCGUAGUGCAGCUACCAGAUGGCACUAUGGAGAAGCGACUCAAGGUAGCGCCACUAAACAUCGACCCUGGAGUACAUUCUUCCCUAAACCUGGAGGCUCUAGCCCGCGUGCCCACCGCCACCAACGUGCCCGCGCUGCCCACCAUCACCGAGGCGCACCCGCCCAGCCAGCAGAAGAAGAACGAGAACGGCACAGCCCCACCCGCCCAGACGGCGGCACAGAUGUCGCGCAACGUGUCGUCGCCCGCCUUCACCGUCACGGCGCCGGGCCUGCCCAAGAACGGCUCCGUGCCGUUCUUCGACAGGCAGCGGAAACAUAGCACUUCUGACAGAUACAAACCGUCCUUAGCCGCAAUUAAAGCAACGUCCAAAACCUCUAUGAAUAGCGUAAACAGACAAGGGGGUGAUGGCGACACAGAAAGCAUGAUGUUCACCUCAAAACUCUCCAUCUCGGCCCGGGACGCCCCUCGCAUGGUGCGGCCCAUGUCGCGCAAGGACAUCUUCUACUCGGGCUCCGUGUUGCACCUGCCGCAGUACCAGAGCCAGAAGUCGCUCACUAAUUACCGUAACUCUGUGGUGAGCCUGCCCAGGCAGAGGCAAGACGCCGAGGCGCCGCCGGAAUACGACCUCUGCCCGUGCCUAGCCCUGCCAGCCUCGUUCAAAUCCGCCCUAGCAUCGAUGUUGGAUGUGUCGCUGCUGAAGGACCCCGCGUUCAUGAUGAUGGGCGUGUCCAACGUGUUCGGCAUGGCCGGCCUGUACGUGCCCUUCGUGUACAUCGUGGACGCCGCGCGGCUUAAUGGCGUGGAGCCAUCGCAAGCGUCGUUCCUUCUCUCCAUCAUCGGCAUAACGAACACGUUCGGGCGUAUCGCGUGCGGCUGGGUGGCCGACUUCCCCUGGGUCGACUCAUUGUUGCUGAACAAUAUCUGUCUUAUUAUUGCUACGGUUUCUGUAGCACUGACGCCUUUCUGCUUCUCCUACACUGCCUACAUUUGUGUCGCCAUCGCUUUUGGUCUUGCCAUUUCCGGCUACAUCUCCCUAACCUCAAUCAUCUUAGUGGACCUCCUUGGUCUGGACAAGUUGACGAAUGCAUUCGGCCUCCUCAUUCUAUUCCGUGGGGCGGCCGCCAUGAUUGGAUCUCCUUUGGCCGGGGCUGUGUAUGAUGCCACUAAGAAUUACGAUGCCAGUUUCUAUAUGGCAGCCGCGUUUUUCUUGGUCGCUACGCUUACCUCGUUUUCUGCGCCGCUGUUUAGACGCAAACAAGAAGACAUCCAACCGCCAGUCGACAUCCUCACGCCCAUCGACGAAGACCUAGAAGAAGGCGACGACGAAGACCCAGACGACACGCCCAUCACCAUGGGCGCCCACAUCGCGAGCCGCCCGCCCGCCAUCGUUCACACUGCGGCGUCGCCCAGUGAGCCGCCCAGCCCGUCCCUGAAUGAGGGGAAUGAGGUGGCGCAGAAGGAAAGUGUGUUGUAGAGCACUCUCUACAACCCACCCCAAACCCCACUGGGUUUGGGGUGGAAAGAAAGGGUUGAAGAAGGAUAGUAGUUUGAGAUGAGGGUGUAUACCUAUAGUUUAGAUUGUGAAUUGAAGAGUUUAGCGCGAUAGAGGGAUUGGACCGUACCACAAAAACUUAGACAGUGUUUAACAGAUAUUUAGCGCUGUCAAACGCCUGAUAAAUUUGUCAAAUUUCAUUUUAAACACUAGUUAAACUAUGUUUAAACUUAGACAGUGUUUAACAGAUGUUUACCGCUGUCAAAAGUGUCAAAUUCCAUUUUAAACCCUUCCUAAACCAUAUUUAAAGUAGUUAGCGGUAAUACAGUCUGUGUCUACGGCUCGACACGCCCAUCACCAUGGGCGCACAUCGCUCACCGCCCGCCCGCCAUCGUUCAUACUGCUGCGUCGCCCAGUGAACCGCCCAGCCCCUCGUUGAAUGAGGGGAAUGAGGUGGCGCAGAAGGAAAGUGUGCUUUAAGUGGGGAGAGAAAGAAGGGUUGAAGAAGGAUAGUGGAAGGAGAUGAGGGUGAAAGAAGGGGUUUGGAUUGUGAAUUGAUGAGUUUAAGGCGAUAGAGGGUUUGGACUGUAGCUUUACGUUAUUGCAUCUUUAAGGCCUGCGUUCUCCGCAGGGAAACUGUUUACCGCUAGCUGAGUUAGCGUAUCGGUUUAGUAAGCCAAAGGUUUGCUCGUUUUGUGCGCUUAAUCUACGCAAUUUGAAGCGUUACGCGCGUCUAGUAAAGGGCGAACCGUUUUCCUACUGGAAUGGUUAAUGAAGGAAAGGUUUGAAAGGUAGAUUGGACUGGGUUGGUUACAUUGCAGCUUUAAAGUCUAAAUACGGUCAUACAAGGUGCAUACGGUCGUCUAAAUAAUCUCCAGAAAACUGUACAUUGAUUUCAUGGGAUAGAUGAUAGAUUGGAGUAUGGAUUGGUCGGUCAUUGUGCCAGUGAUGCAAAUGUAAA